UGACAUUUCUGCUUAUCUGUGUGCAAUAAUCCAAACCGAUCAGCGUAAAAGAAAAACAAAGGAUUUUCCAGUUGUAAAAAAUAUUUGUAUCUUUAGUUAUAAUAAUAACUAAAUAACUUAUAAAUUUAUUGUGUGAAUUCUUAAUUUAAAUAUGGGUAUUGCGAGUAGCAUGUGUUCCGCAGCACAGUGUGCACUGUGUUGUACUGGAACAGCUGCCAGUAUGUGUUGCAGCGCUUGUCCAUCAUGCAAAAACUCUACGUCCUCGCGUUUUAUGUACGCUUUCAUGCUAUUGGUGGGAACUAUUCUGGGUGCCAUAACUUUAUCACCAGGACUACAAAAUACAUUAAGGAAAAUGCCAUUCUGCAUUAAUUCCACAUCUACUUACAGCUCGAAAAGCAUAGACCUAGUAUCUGGUGGAAACUUACAAUUUGAUUGUGAAUAUGCUUUAGGAUAUAUGGCUGUUUAUCGUAUUUGUUUCGGGCUAGCUUGUUUCUUUACUCUAAUGGCACUGAUAAUGCUUGGUGUUAGAAGCUCUAGAGACCCACGCUCUCACAUACAAAAUGAAUUUUGGGGACUUAAAUUCUUGAUUUGCUUUGGUGCUGCAAUUGGUGCAAUAUUCAUACCAGAUGGUUCGUUUGGUCCAGCUAUGAUGUGGGUGGGAUUAUUUGGUGGUCUGGCAUUUAUACUAGUGCAAUUGGUUAUUAUUGUUGAUUUCGCGCAUACAGUAGCAGAAAAUUGGAUCGAAAGUGCUGAAAAUAAUCGCGGAUACUAUUAUGCUCUAAUCUUUGUCACUUUAAUUAGUUACAUACUCUCGAUUGUUGGUAUAUCACUGCUUUAUGUGUAUUUCACACAUUCACAAGGAUGUGGUCUCAACAAGUUCUUUAUAUCCAUCAAUUUGAUUCUCUGCUUGGUUGUUAGCGUUCUGUCAGUUUUGCCAGCCGUUCAAGAGAGAUUACCACACUCUGGUUUGUUACAAAGCUCUCUGGUGACACUUUAUAUUGUAUACUUGACUUGGUCUGCUAUUGCUAAUAAUCCAGAGAAAGAUUGCAAUCCUGGCAUGUUCGGCAUAAUUGAUAAUAAUAAUGUAGCAAAUUCGCCCUCAACUCCAAACUCCAAGGUUACUUUCAGUACUAGUAAUAUAAUUGGUUUGAUUGUUUGGAUGCUCUGCAUUUUGUAUAAUUGCAUCAGUUCUGCUGUUGAGGUUUCCAAAAUUAACAAUGACGGUGAAAAACGUGUUUUAACAGAAGCUCUAUCAGAUACAGAAGCAGGCACCGCCGAUGGUAAAGUCAAUACCGAUAAUGAAAGUGAAGGCGUUACAUAUUCUUGGUCCCUCUUUCACAUUGUAUUUGUCUGCGCUUCACUCUACAUCAUGAUGACGCUGACCAAUUGGUACAAACCUAAUUCAGAUAUAGAACUUUUCAAUGCAAAUGCUGCUUCAAUGUGGAUUAAGAUCAUUUCCAGUUGGCUGGGUGUACUUGUUUAUGGUUGGACUUUGGUGGCUCCUAUCGUGUUGUCUAAUCGUGACUUCAGUUAAACAUGCUGACUUUAAAACUGAACAAAUGAA